AUGAGUGCUGUGCAAGACCAGGCGCCGCCUCUGGAUCUCCAUGCGCAAGCCCAUGCGCUAGAUCAGGAUGACGGCCUAAAGCACCUCAGAGAUGAAUUCGUGAUACCAUCGAUUGCGGACAUAAAGAGCAAGACGAUACAGAAAGAUGCCAUCGUUCCUGGCCAGAGUCAAACGGAAGAUGCCACGUCAUGCACGUAUCUUUGUGGCAAUUCCCUAGGUCUUCAACCAAAGCGGACAAGAGUCCGUCUUGAACAGUAUCUUGACACAUGGGGUACCCAGGGAGUCCAGGGUCACUUCAAACCGCUCGAAGACUCUCCUUUACCAACUUGGCUCGACGCAGAUGCUCACGUCGCUCAGAAAUUCGCGCCCAUCGUUGGCGCGGAUGAGUCGGAGGUUGCAGUCAUGCAAACUUUGACGGCUAAUUUGCAUCUUUUGAUGACGGCCUUCUAUCAUCCUGACCCUAAGGGCAAGCAUAAGAUCAUUCUGGAGAGUAGGGCUUUUCCAAGUGAUCAUUUCGCCGUCCUUAGCCAGAUUUAUCACCAUGGUCUUGAUCCUGCGACAUCGAUGGUGACAGUAGAGGCACCUUUGUCUGAGGAUAAUGUCUUCAGCACUUAUGAUGUUCAAGCUCUUAUAUCGAAGCAUGCUGAAGACACCGCUUUGAUCCUGCUUCCAGGUAUACAGUACUACACAGGCCAGCUUCUGGACAUCCCUACCAUCACUGCAUUCGCGCACAAGCACGAUAUCUUCAUCAUCUGGGACCUUGCCCAUGCAGUUGGGAACGUACCCCUUCAUCUGAAAGAUUGGGAUGUGGAUGCAGCGGCAUGGUGCACUUACAAGUAUCUGAACGGCGGACCGGGCUGCAUUGGAGGCAUGUUCAUUAAUUCCAGGAACAGCCUUGUUUCUACUCAAAUCACAGACCCAAACCCAGAACGAGGUUAUGGUAAGAGGUUAUCAGGGUGGUGGGGUAAUGAUAAAGCAACACGAUUCGUGAUGGAUACGAAGUUCCACCCGGUCAAGGGAGCCGCUGGGUUUCAGCUCAGCAACCCUAGCAUACUCGAUAUCACGAGCUUGGGCGCUUCGCUGGAGGUGUUUGAGCUUGCCGGAGGUGUUACUGUGCUCAGAGAGAAGUCAAAGAAGCUCACGGCUUUUCUUGAGCAAUGUCUAGCUUCUAUGCCGGACAAAGCGAAAAAGUUGUUCCGUAUCAUCACGCCAACAGACCCUGAACAGCGAGGAGCUCAGUUGAGUUUGCUCCUGCAGAAGGAUAUGCUCCAUACGGUCAUGAAGGAGCUCACUGACCGAGGGGUCAUCGUGGAUGAGCGCCAACCAAAUGUGGUGCGCGUGGCUCCAACUCCUCUGUACAACUCGUUCAAGGACUGCGUCGACUUUGUGCAUGCUUUCGAGCCUGCAUUGCUGGCCGCCGAAAAACACUUGCAGCCUUGA